AUGGAUGACCUUUUGAAUCUCGAGCUCUUGUCGCUCGUUUCCAAGGUCACCUCCGAGCUGCAGAACCAUUUAGGCGUCUCCGACAAGACCCUCGCCGAGUUCAUCAUCGCCCAGCGAGUCGACGCCGAGGACUACGAUGCCUUCAAGAAGAAGCUCGCCGCCAUCGGCGCCGAGUUCCCCCCGAGUCUAGUCGACAGCGUCGACCGCCUCGUGCUCACGAUGCACCCGAAGCUCAAGGGCAAGGCGCAAAAGAACGGCGACAGCAGCGAGGACCACCACCACCGCAGCGCGGAAGAGAACCAGCAGAUCUUCAAGGGCCUCGCGGUUCCCGACAAGGCCGUCGCGUACGACAGCAUCGGCGACGGCGACGCGAUCGACGAUACACUGGCGCUGCUGGAGGGGCUGGAGGGCAAGGCCCGGGGCGAGAAGGUGUCUUCGCGCAAACGCAGUCGCAGUCCGAACGAUGGUCGGGAGUCGAGGCGGAAGAGGAGGGAUCGAUCGAGGUCGAGGGACCGCAGGAAACGAGACAAGUACCGGUCGCGGUCGAGAUCUGUCGACGACUACGAGAACGGGCCCUCCCUGAAGCAACGCAGGGGAAGGCGCAACUACGACGACGAAGACGACAGCCGCUUUAGGAGAGCUCCAGAACCCGAGGUCGACGAUGCGCCACAACUUCACAAGGUUUACAGUGGUCAUGUCACUGGCAUCAAGGACUUUGGCGCGUUCGUCAACCUGCAUGGCGUGCGUGGCAAGGUGGAUGGCUUGGUGCAUAUCUCGAGACUGGUCGAGGGCCAGCGUGUGAACCACCCCUCCGACCUGUUGACGAGGGGCCAGGAUGUCAAGGUCAAGGUUGUCAACAUUGAGGGCAACAGGAUAGGGCUGUCGAUGAAGGAGGUCGACCAAGAAACCGGCAUGGACCUCCAUCCACAGGACAGGAUAUCGUCAGGCGCAAACAUGGAGGCUCUUGGCGGUGGCCGGGAUGGAAACAUGUUCGACAACGGAGUUAUGCCACCGCCACAACACCAGGCCGGACAGCGCCGGCAAAAGAAGCGGAUGACAUCGCCUGAGCGAUGGGAGAUCCGCCAGCUGAUUGCUUCGGGUGUUGCGAAGGCUUCGGAUUACCCUGACUUGGAAGAGGACUACAAUGCGACACUUAGGGGAGAGGCCGAGCUGGAGCUGGAAGAGGAUGUUGAUAUCGAAGUGCGCGAGGAGGAGCCGCCAUUCCUGGCUGGUCAGACGAAGCAAUCUCUCGAACUGUCGCCCAUCCGAGUCGUGAAAGCGCCUGAUGGGUCGAUGAACCGUGCUGCGAUGUCGGGCACAGCGCUGGCCAAGGAGAGAAAGGAGCUGAAACAGCAAGAAGCGGAAGCUGCGGCGGCAGAGGAAUCCAAGGUCGAUCUCUCCGCUCAGUGGAACGACCCCAUGGCGGACCCCGACAAGCGCAAGUUCGCCAGCGAUCUACGCAACGCCAAGUCGCAGAUGAAUCAGAACAAGCCCGACGCCGUGCCGGAGUGGAAGCGUGCUGUAGCACCCAAGGACCAAUCCUUCGGCAGGCGGACAAACUUGAGCAUCAAGGAGCAGAGAGAGACGCUUCCAGUGUAUGCUUUCAGGCAAAAGUUCUUGGAUGCCGUCCGGGACCACCAGGUUAUGGUCGUCAUUGGAGAGACUGGCUCAGGCAAAACGACUCAGCUUACGCAGUAUCUUGCAGAAGAUGGCUUCGCCAACAACGGUGUCAUCGGCUGCACCCAGCCUCGUCGUGUGGCGGCCAUGUCCGUUGCGAAGCGUGUAGCCGAGGAAGUCGGCACACCGCUGGGUGAGGCCGUUGGUUACACCAUCAGAUUCGAGGACCGUACUAGUCCUGCGACCAAGAUCAAGUAUAUGACGGAUGGUAUGCUUCAGCGUGAGAUUCUGGUGGACCCGGAUCUGAAGCGGUACUCGGUCAUUAUGCUGGACGAGGCUCACGAACGUACCAUCUCUACGGACGUGUUGUUUGCGCUGUUGAAGAAGACGAUGAAGCGCCGCAAGGACCUGAAGGUGAUCGCCACCUCGGCAACCCUGGAUGCGGACAAAUUCUCAUCCUACUUCGACGGCUGCCCUAUUUUCACUAUUCCGGGUCGAACGUUCCCUGUCGAGGUCCUCUACUCUCGCGAGCCAGAAUCUGACUACCUGGACGCCGCACUGGUCACCGUCAUGCAGAUUCACCUGACAGAACCUCCCGGAGAUAUCCUAUUGUUCUUGACAGGCCAGGAAGAGAUUGACACGUCAUGCGAGAUUUUAUACGAGCGCAUGAAAGCUCUAGGGCCAAAUGUCCCAGAGCUCAUCAUCCUGCCCGUGUAUUCCGCCCUUCCGAACGAAAUGCAGAGUCGCAUUUUCGACCCUGCGCCGCCUGGCUGCCGAAAGGUAGUCAUCGCAACCAAUAUCGCCGAAACCUCCAUCACCAUUGACAAUAUUUACUUCGUUGUCGAUCCCGGCUUCGUCAAGCAAAACGCCUAUGAUCCUAAGUUGGGUAUGGACUCCUUGGUCGUCACGCCUAUCUCCCAGGCACAAGCAAACCAGCGUGCCGGACGAGCCGGUCGUACGGGACCUGGAAAGUGUUUCCGUCUGUAUACCGAAGCCGCGUAUCAAUCUGAGAUGCUGCCUACAACCAUUCCCGAGAUCCAGCGUCAAAACCUGUCCCACGUUAUUCUUAUGCUCAAGGCCAUGGGCAUCAACGACCUGCUGCACUUCGACUUCAUGGAUCCUCCCCCAAUUAACACAAUGCUUACGGCACUCGAAGAACUCUACGCUCUCAGCGCUCUCGACGACGAAGGCCUGCUGACCCGUCUCGGUCGAAAAAUGGCAGACUUCCCCAUGGAGCCAUCCCUGGCAAAGGUCCUCAUCAUCUCCGUCGACAUGCACUGCUCAGCGGAAAUGCUCAUCAUCGUCGCCAUGCUCAACCUCCCCAACGUCUUUUACCGUCCCAAGGAGAAACAAUCCCAGGCGGACCAGAAGAAGGCAAAGUUCCACGAUCCCCACGGCGACCACCUCACCCUCCUCAACGUCUACAACUCAUGGAAGCAGAGCGGCUACUCGGCGCCGUGGUGCUUCGAGAACUUCAUCCAGGCGCGCUCCAUGAAGCGCGCCAAGGACGUGCACGACCAGCUCGUCAAGAUCAUGGACCGCUACCGCCACCCCGUCGCAUCCUGUGGGCGCAACACGCAGAUCGUGCGGCAGGCGCUCUGCUCGGGCUUCUUCCGCAACGCCGCGCGCAAGGACCCGCAGGAGGGCUACAAGACGCUCAUCGAGGGCACGCCGGUGUACCUGCACCCGAGCUCGGCGCUGUUCGGCAAGCAGGCCGAGUGGGUCAUCUACCACACGCUGGUGCUCACGACCAAGGAGUACAUGCACUGCACGACGAGCAUCGAGCCCAAGUGGCUCGUUGACGCGGCGCCGACGUUCUUCAAGGUCGCGCCGACGGACCGGCUGUCCAAGAGGAAGAAGGCGGAGAGGAUCCAGCCGCUGCAUAAUAAGUACGCCGGCGAGGACGACUGGAGGCUCAGCGCGCAGAGGAAGGCUGGACGUGGCGGCGGCGGUGGCGGUACCUGGGGUUAA